AACUGAGAUUGGUCUCGCGUUUGUGGGAUGAGUUUUAGACCAUUUCUUUACCGUUUUCUGAAAUAUUUUGAGUAAACUAUGGAUUCUGAUGGUGGCAUACAGUAUGAUGAAGAAUCAGGCGACGAGCACUCGCUUUAUGAAGCUGAUUCUGGCAAUGAAUCAAGUGAGGAAGAGGUAAACUUUGACAGUCGUCCUGAACCAUCUACAUCCAGGGACGAAGACAGUGCAGUGGACGAUUAUGUGUUUCAAGUACUGUCUGUCGAGGAAAUAGUUGAAUAUAUGGUGGCAGAGAUAAAUGAGGUGAAGGAAGUUGUGAAGCUUCCAAGAACUACAAUAAGGAUACUCCUAAACCACUUCAGAUGGGACAAGGGAAAGCUUUUUGAGAGGUUCUAUGAUACAGACCAGGAACAGCUGUUCAGAGAAGCCCAUGUAGUUAGUCCUUUCAUCAAGAAGACUGCCUCAAAUCCAAAGGUCAACAGCAGAAGGGGUGCAGUGACAACAGAGGAGUGUGAGAUCUGCCUGAUGGUCCAGCCCUCGUCGGCCAUGACCGGGCUGGAGUGCGGCCACCGGUUCUGCGCCGGCUGCUGGGCCGAGUACCUGACCACCAAGGUGAUGGACGAGGGAAUGGGCCAGACGAUCUCGUGCGCGGCGCACGGCUGCGACAUCCUGGUGGACGAUCGGACUGUGCUGCGGCUGGUCGGCGAGCCGCGUGUGCUGCAGCGCUACCAGCACCUCAUCACCAACAGCUUCGUGGAGUGUAACCGGUGUCUCUGCUGGUGUCCCAGCCCGGACUGCGGCUACGCCCUGCGCGUGCCCUACCCGGACGUGCGGCCCGUCACGUGCAAAUGCGGCCACCGCUUCUGCUUCGCGUGUGGCGAGGUCUGGCACGAUCCAGUGCGCUGUUCGCGCAUCAAGCGCUGGCUCAAGAAGUGCGACGACGACUCGGAGACGUUUAACUGGCUGUCGGCCAACACCAAGGUCGGUCGGGCCGCUCUGACCGACUUGUGUGCUUACAAGGAAUGUCCCAAGUGCAGCGUGACGAUCGAAAAGGACGGCGGCUGCAACCACAUGGUGUGCAAGAACCAGAACUGCCGCGCCGACUUCUGCUGGGUGUGCCUGGGUCGAUGGGAGCCCCACGGAUCCUCCUGGUACAGCUGUAACCGUUACGAUGAGGACGAGGCGAAGGCUGCACGCGACGCCCAGGAGCGCUCUCGUGCCGCGCUCAACCGCUACCUGUUCUACUUCAACCGCUACAUGAACCAUAUGCAGUCGCUCAAGUUUGAGAAUAAGCUGUACGCCUCAGUCAAGGAGAAGAUGGAGGAGAUGCAGCAGCACAACAUGAGCUGGAUCGAGGUCCAGUUUCUGAAGAAGGCCGUGGACAUCCUCUGUUCCUGCCGGCAAACGCUCAUGUACACCUAUGUGUUCGCGUACUACCUGCGCAAGAAUAACCAGUCUGUGAUAUUUGAGGACAACCAGAAAGAUCUGGAGCGCUGUACGGAGAUGUUGUCCGAGUACCUCGAGCGAGACAUCACUCAGGAGAACCUGGUUGACAUUAAGCAGAAGGUGCAGGACAAGUACAGGUACUGCGACAGUCGGCGGAAGGUGCUGCUGGAGCACGUGCACGAGGGCUACGAGCGGGACUGGUGGCUGUACAGUGAGUAGGCGGGCGGGUCGUGUCGGCCCGUGAGGCGGCGCCCCGGCCCGGGUCGGGUCGGCGCUCGCGGCCGCCGCGCUCUGGUGACCGGCAGGCGUGUGGCGACUCGUCGAGGUGGCCCGCUGAAGCAUUGUGAUUGGUCGGUGGACAACGUUGCCGUCCCGCUGUGAUUGGCCGAUCGCACGGAGUUGACUGAGAUUGGCCAGACCGGGAUGGGCCGCACGGGUGCGUGCGUCGUACGAUGUAUUGUAAGGAGUCGGCUAGUCAGUCGUGUAUCCUGCUAGUUAUCGCUUUUGGGUUAUCUGCUAUCUACUUCGUAUUUUGGUGUCGCGGAAAUUUAUAGUACCGGUAUAUUGACUUUGUCCGGGAGAUGAUCGCAACACAAAGCUUCAUCACAUACAGCUAUGCAAAGCGGCCGUUGUUUGUCGCGGUACUCGACCAGGUAUUUCGUUCGCGGUGUAGCGCGUAGAGUCUGAAGACCGGCGGUAGGUGCGGACUUGCGGUACGUCCGCGGGCCGGCAGGGAGUGGUGCCUCGCGGACCACCCGUGGAGCGGGCGCCGGCUUCCAUCCGGACGCCCGUCCCGAGUCCAGGACUCCCGCCCGGAGUCCGGGCCCGCGUCAUCGUGGCCUGUGAUCGCCGGCAGCUCGCGAAACCAUGGUAUUCUGUGUUUGGUUGUAUAAAUUGUAUGCCAGUAAAUGUUACCUCACCCUGCUUAUUUUAGGCUAGGAGCCGCAUUGCCGUGCGAUAUUGGUCUGCUGGAGGAAUAUAGCGAGGA